AUGAUGAAAAUUAAAAAAUAAAAAAACUAAAGAUCUAAAUAUAAAUGCCUAAAUUCUAGUGAAAGAGCGCUCAUUAUUUAGUAUAUUGAAGAGUACAAGUACUCGACCUCUCAUGUUUCUUUGAUAACAGGGCACAAUAUCUCAACAAUAAAAGCCAUUUAUUAAGUUUAUAAAAAGGAAGGGAGAAUCUAAAAAAAAGAAAAGAGGGAUAAAAUUUUAAACUCAAUUGCCUAGGUACAACUAUUUGUUGUUGAUGAUAUGAACGAAAAGCUUAUUAAUUUAGGAUACUAAACUGAGGAAUUUAAAGUUAGUAAUGAUGAUGAUAGUUCAGCAAAAGAGUUUAAAGAACAAAUGUUAAAAGAGUUAAUAUAAAAAAAACAAUCUCAAAUUCUAAGUUUGUUAAGUAACUAGUAGGCUGUGCUACGGUUUACAAAUGAUAUAAACACAAUUCUUCAACAGAAAACCAUCACUAAUGAGUUCAGUUUCAUAACUCCCAAUUCUACUCUAAAUUGCUUAGAAAAACAAUAAAUCUAAUUUGCAAGAACUCAAAAUCAAGAAAAAUGUUCUAAUAUUAAUAAAAUUCCAUUAAUGUUAAAGUAUAGUUUAAACUCAUAAAUUUUAAAGAUUCUUGGUGAAUAGCAUAAGUAAAUGAAGACUUGA